CGACGGCUGAAUGAAAAAUAUACGAUUCAGACGCUCUCAGCAACGGAGACCGGAGCCGGCAUCUCCACCCUUUUCCCUCGGCAGCCGGCUCCACCCUCGUCCUCGGUUGCCACGGGGAUGGCGGAGUACACAUUUCCCACGGCUGGUGUUAAGAGAGAACUUCCCAGCGGCUCCUUCAUCUUUGGCGCCUCUUCUUGAUCCUUUUCUUCCAAAGAAGAGAAAGAAGGAAGGAAGGAAGGAAAAAAGGAAGGAAGGAAGGAAGGAAAGCGAGAGCGAGAAAGAAAAAGAGAGAGAGAGAGAGGGAGAGAAAGAAAGAACGAGAGAGAAAGAAAGAAAGAAAGAGCGAGAGGGAGAGAGAAAAAAGAGAGAGAACGAGAGAGAAAAAAAGAAAGCGAGCGAGAGAGAGAGAGAGAAAGAAAGAAAGAAAGAAAGAAAGAAAGAAAGAAAGAAAGAAAGAAAGAAAGAAAAAUCGGCCCAACUUGUGGUCUCCUUGAGGACGCCGCGAAAACUGCAACCAAGCCGCGCGAGCAAAGCUUUUCCCACUGCCGCGCAAGGGAGGCUCUCAGUUUCCUUGCUUUUGGAACUUUCGAUUAGGAAAUGCUACGUAGCGACGGAGGAGAUGGAAUAUCUGCCUCAGAAGAUACUACACCCAUCUGUUGCUGAUACUCUUCAUGAAAUCUCUGUACCAUUUCCUCCUAUGACUUGCUAUGGAAAAAUAGUGCCUUAUUCAGCAGAUAAUAACAAUUCCAUACAGUCUAGAAGUUGUUUGUUGAAUUUUACAACUGAUAGUAAGAUGGGCUUUGAAGAACCCAACAAAACAAUAAAUGGAAAAAAGCAUUCAACCAUUUGGAAGCUCUCUGAAGUAACCUCUCUACAAAAAGAAGAAACAACAAGAACUACAGCUGGACUUGAAGAAAGAAAAUGCUUAAAGAAUACAUGUGUUUCAGAAUUAAAUAAUGAACCACAUAGGGAAAGUAGCAUCCCUGAGAUUCAAAAACUCAAAGAUGUAAAUUGGACAGAAUUGUUUCUUCAUCAGUCUCCUAUUGGGGAUAACAUUCAGGAAAGUAGUCAAUCUGUCUUGGAUCACUGCAUAUUUAAAAAUAUGGUUCAAAAUAACAGGGGCAAAGAUAGCAUAAAUAAAAAGCCUGACACUUUUGAUCCAAAGCUAUUACAUGCAAAUAUUUUAAACAGUUCUGUAGCCUUUGAAAAUAAUUCAGAGAAUUUUGAACUAAAAACUCCUGGGACUUUGGUAAAUAAUGAUACAAUACAAUACAACAUAAUUUCAAAUUCUAUCCAGGCAGCCAAGCAUAAAAAUGAAAACUAUUUUUGGGCUCCACUCAGUGACAGUUCAGAUGAAGAGUGGACAAAUAUGACAAAAAAUAAUUUAAAGUGGCCAACUAUGGACAGCAAAAAUUAUAAAAACCCUGGUGACAGUGCUAACUUUGACAAUCCAACCAUUAUAAAAUAUUCCAAUUCAUCAAUGCUGAAAGAUGAAUUUGUCUUCAAAAUAAUGCCUGACAGCUGUGAAAAAUGGAAUCCAGGAAUAGAAACCUUGGAGAUUCAAGAAUAUAAAUGCAAGAAUUUUACACAGACCCCAAAAUAUAAAGAUUUUAAUGGAACACAGAAUUGCAUAAAAAGCAACCACGAAGAGUCUAAAAAUGGAAAUAUCCAUUUUCAUUCUAAGUUUACAGUAGAAAAAGAUAACCAGAUGUCACAUAUUCAACCUCUAGAGAGAGCUUCAGACCAGAGAAAUGAAUCUAAAUUACAGCAAACACUGGAAAUGGACAAGAUCUUUAAAGGGAGGAAAUAUAUCAGAGAACAGGAUGUCAAUUUUAACAAAGCUACAUAUCAAAAAGAUGCAGAAUUAACACCUCCAUUGGACUUUUCAGUUAUGCAAAUUAAGAGCAGUUCUGUAAGUUCAUUAUUGAAGCCUUCAGAAAGUAAUACUUAUAAAGAAGGCUCAGACUCUCUGAAUCACAGCCUUAAAAGCGUGAAUGAGAGCAAUAGUGACUCUGUUAUGCUAGUUGGGCCGCCACAGAUCAGUGAUGAUGACCAGGUAAUACAUAAGCCUUAUAUCGUCUCCAAAGAUGAACAAGGCUCUGUAAAUGAUAAUAUUUCUGCAACUGGUCUCAAACCAGUAGAUGGUGCUAAAGAGUUCCUCACUGCAAGUGUUAAAGGGAUUGGUCAUGAGAAGCCACUUUAUAGCAAUACAGUCCCAUUAGAUUUCAGCCAUAGUGAGGGCGUUUUGGCUAAAUAUUAUUUUUAUUUGAACUAUCUCGAUGAGUCCAAAAGAUUUCGGUAUGAAAAUGCCCAUCAGUUCUUUUUUUGUCAAGAACAUGUUUUUUUCAAAGAAGCCUAUUAUGAUACUGGACCCUGCUAUAAGCAGCAGACAGAGGAAAAUACGAACAAUGACCUGGGAACUUCUGAAGGCAAGAAAAGGACUCAGAUCAUCAAACAGCAAAAUCGUUUUGAAGAUCAAGUGUUGAAGCCUGAGUCUGCAAAUAGCGGCCCCAGACAAAUGGAGAGAACAGGCAGUUUGAAAGACCAGGAAGUUUUUGAAAGCAGGAAAUCAAGCCCAAAACAGGCUAGUCCUAAGAAACAUUGGGAAAGAGCCAACAUUUCAUGCUCACCUUACACAGAGAGAGAACUGAAGCCAAGUAGAUCACGAUGUGUCCAAAGACCUGCAAUGGGCAAGAAGUUAAUAAGGAAGAGCAGUUAUAACUCUCAGAGGCACCCAUCUUCAGGGACACAAUGUAGACUGCAGUAUGAAAACGCUUCUCAGGAUUAUAACAAAUUAAACAUGAAAAGUGACUGCGGUCUCAUACCGUGGCUGCUGCUUCCUGAUGAAUUGUGGCUUUGUAUCCUUUCCCUGCUGACUCAAAAAGAUAUUUCCCGGAUUUCCCAGGUCUGUCGUCACUUUUAUCAACUAGCUGGAGAUAAGACCUUUUGGAAGAAGAUUCAGCUUAAAGAUUGCCACUGCCUGAAUGAUGAGUGGUUGAUUGGUUUAGGGAAACACCACCCUGAGUGUUUCACUCUUGAUCAUUGCCAUGAUAAAGAUCGGAGAAUUUCUGAGGUUGGGCUUAAACAAUUCUUCCAAUACUGUGAAAGAUAUCUCAAGGAACUGAAUAUAAAAAACUGCAGUGGUUCUGGAUAUAAAGGGGACAGGAUUCUGCUUCAUGCAAGCACCUUUUGCCAUAACUUGGCAGUUGUAGAUAUAAGUUGGACAGGAGCUACUGAUUUUGGACUCAAUGCCCUAGUCAAAGGUUCUAGAAGUUUACAGUAUUUUUCUGCUAAUGGAUGCCAGAUUACCAAUGAGUCAGUAAUGGCCUUGAUUGGAAAGCAUGGAAAAAGCCUUAAGAAACUGGAAAUGUUUGGCUGUCAAGCCAUCACGGACGAAUGCUUGAAAUCAAUUUCUAUUAAAUGUCCAGGUCUAGAGGUUCUGAAUAUUGGCAGAGUUCAUAGAAUCUCGCAGGACUGUUUAGUGCAAAUGGUAAAUUCAUUGCAAAAGCUUACUAGCCUCAAUGUCACAGGCCUUGACAUGGUGAGGGAUUCUCUAGUACUUUGUAUUUUGAAGAAGUGUCCUAAACUGGAUUGUUUGGUUCUUAAUUCGUGUGCUCACAUAACUGACAUCAGUCUAAUUGAAAUUAGCAGUUAUUUGCCAGGGAUCAGGUACCUUGACGUUAAUGGAUGUAAAGACGUGAGUGAUAUUGGAGUUCAAGCUUUGGCAAGGAAUUGCCAUAAACUUUCUUAUCUUGAUUUGAGUUCCACAGCAACAAGCAAAAGAGGGGUUUGCUUGUUGGCUAAUUUCUGCUUUAAUACCUUAGAGUGUCUGAAGCUUAGUUUCUGCAGGAAUAUUUCUCUAGAUGCAGUUGUAAAACUCUGUAAAAACUGCAAAAGACUGCAAAUACUUCACUUAUAUGGUUGCCGCUUUAUACCUGAUUUGGAAUCCAUUACAAAAGUUAAUAAAACUGUUAAAAUAUUUCAUGACCUGACAAUUGCAACUAUGAAGUUGUUAACUGAGUGAGAACUCUGCCAAAUCUUUCAGUAGUUGUCUAAUGAAUAGUUUAGUUUGACUAUGAUUUUUUUUAAUGUGGUUAAAAUGUAGAAACUUAUCUUUAUCGAAUACUUCCUAUUUGUGUUUCUUUGUUCUUUGUGUUCUUUGGAAUAGUUAAAAUGAAGAAAAUCUUGUUAGAGCUGUUUUCAAGAUAUAUUUCCAGUUUUUUUGAUGAUAUAACUACCAUUACCAAAUUUGAAUGACAUGAUGUUCUGAGAAGAUCUAACCUCUCCAGAUAUUGGAUAUUUAAAUUAGAGCUGCAUUCUGACUGAUAUCUCUUUUAAAACCAAUACCUACGUAAUAUAUUUUGGAACAAAACCUUUUUUUGCUUUUUUUAUGCGGAGAGCUCUGCCUUCAUUGCUUGCGCUAUGGCUCAUAAAAAUAAAUCGUCUUUUGUUGAACGUUUUUUCUGCCAGUUGCUUGAAUAACAUGGGUUGUCCCUCUGGCUGCUACACUGAUGCCAAUCCUAUAUAGGCGGAAACUGGCUGCCUGAAUAAUACAUCAAGAACCAUCUGUUUUGUAAGCUGCAUUUUCUGUGACACCACUAAAUGACACCAUAUUUGAUCUUAAGAAGAGAGUCAAAGCAAAGGGCUUGAACAUUAUGGCAAGAUAAAUAUCAGCCUUCCCACAAUGUUGCAUUUCUCUCGAGAAUCAAAUGCAAAUUUUUGAUAAGAGUACACCAAUAACCUUUGGUCACAGCAUUUUCAGAUAAUGCCGGCACACUGUUUGUCACAAGUGGAGGCAAAAUCUUGCUGUUCGAUAUCUUUCAAUUUCCUGGAUUAUACUAAGAAGACUAGCCCAGCUACCUCAAAUAUCUCAGAAAUCAUCUCUGCUCCGAAUGUUAUUUACCUCAGAAAAAAAUCAUCUAAGUCUUUUCAUCUCAUAAAGCUAAUUUAGUAUCUCUACAAGAUGUUUCUUAAACCUGAAACUUUUCCAAAACAUUCUGUAAUAAUCACAUUUACCUUAUCAUCAUACCAUAAUCAUGAUUUUAGAAACCAAUCCUUUAUAAAUAAACGUCCAAUAAAAAUUUUGGACAUCAAUUAAAAAUAUAAGCAGAUGCUUUUAUUUAGUAUAGGAAUACACAAUUAAGAGAGAUGGAAUACCUAUUUCCAUAUAUAUAUAUGGAUGGCAGCCAUAGAGAACUAAAUGGCAACCUCUUGUAUUUUAUUGUUUCAGAGGACAGGAAGAUAACCAGAAUUGGGUAGAAAAUUACCAGAAAAUUGCAUUUUUAGAGUUAAGAGAUGAAGACCAAUGAAAUGUAAAUGUUGGGAGCAAUGCGGCUUUGUGCAAGUGAUAUUCAAGAAGUGAUUGAAAAAUCAUCUGCCAGAAAUGCCAUGAUAACACUUUUAUUAUGGAAAUUGGAUAAUUACCUCUAAGCUCCCUUCCAAAUCUAAUAUUCUUUGAUUCUAGGAUUCCAAUAUCAAAAAUUGAUUUCUGAGUCAAAUUUUGUCAAAUUAUGUAGCUACUUUUCCUGCUGGAAAGUACCCUAAAUCUAUGCUGUUAAAUUAGGGAGAUACAACAGAAUCCCAUGUGCCUAAGGACAUCAUCUUCAUUAACACUCAUCAAAUUUCUGUCCCGCUGAUAGAGUUGUAAAAUAUAUUGAUUUAAUUAAAGAUUAAAUGGAAAUCUGGGAUGAUUUUUAUUUUCAGCAGGGGUGGGCAAUUAAUUUUGCCAAGAGGCCACAUGAGAAACUGGGACCGUUGUGGGAGGCAGAACCAAUUGGGCUGUGAAGGUGCAUUGGUACACACAUACACAUACACUAACAUACACACAACCGUAUGUAAUUUUUUAAAAAAUGGUCACUUUCAAAAUAAAAAAAAAAUCCAUGCAGGCUGGACAGGAAUAGCCAAAGGGCUGGAUGUUAGUUGCAUAAUUGUUAGUUGCCAUAGCAAAGAACAUCCUGUGUGGCUGAAGGUGGGUAGGAAAAUUCAAGUGUGCCCAGGUCUGAUUUACAGCUCUACGGUUCUGAAUCUACUCAAGACCAACAGGAAAACAAAAAUGAUGCAGGAUAGCGAUGCAGUGCUUGGAAUCUAAGGGAAAGUUUUAUUUAUUAAAAAGUUCCAGCUUGGAAGAAAAAAGUUCCAUUAUUACAAUUUAAUUCCAUGAAAUUAAAUAAAGUUUUUGUGCUAGACUUACUUUUUUUUGAGACAUGGCCUUUGAUAAAGUUUUCUUUAGUUGUUCGGGCACUGGGCUAGAAAUCAAGAUACUGUGAGCAGGCCUUUGGGACAGUCACUCACUUUCUCAGUUCAGCUCCCCUCACUGGGUUACUGCUGUGUGGAAAAUAGAAGGAGGAAGGAAUAUUAU